GGCUCUUCGGCGACUGUGGCGGCGGCAAUGAUCUAAUCAUGUCAGAGAAAGAUGAUACUGAGACUCCAGUGAUAACUGAAGCAACCUCCACCCUUGAAGAUGGGAACUGUGAGCCAGCCAAGAAUUCUGAGUCUGUUGACCAAAGUGCCAGGCCAGAGAAUAAAUCAGAACCUGUAGCUAUCACUCGGAAAAGACCAGAGUCCAAACCUUCCAGUGACCUUGAGACUUCAGAAGUUCUCCCUGUUGAGGCAUCACAGGCUGUAGGCAAAGAGACUGUUUCCAAAGAUGUACCUCAGACUGGAUGGGGAUAUUGGGGCAGCUGGGGCAAGUCCUUACUUUCUUCAGCCUCAGCUACAGUAGCUACAGUAGGACAAGGUAUUUCAAAUGUUAUUGAGAAGGCAGAGACUUCUCUUGGAAUUCCUAGUCCCAGUGAAAUUUCAACUGAAGUCCAGUAUGCAGCAGGAGAGACAAACGCCAAAGAGAAUGCAAACUCCUUCCCAUUGACUGGGCCAUUUGGUGUAUUCUCAACCAUCUCUACUGCUGUUCAGACCACAGGAAAGAGUGUGAUCAGUGGAGGUUUGGAUGCCUUAGAAUUCAUUGGGAAAAAGACAAUGGAUGUAAUAGCAGAAGGGGAUCCUGGAUUUAAAAGAACGAAGGGUCUGAUGAACCGGAAUUCUACAUUGUCUCAGGUUUUACGAGAGGCAAAGGAGAAAGAAGAGCUGUGGACCUCCAAUGAUGUUGCCUUGGAAACGGACAAGAAAACUCAUUAUGGGCUCCUCUUUGAUGAAUUUCAAGGCCUUUCGCAUCUGGAAGCUCUGGAGAUGCUUUCCCGAGAAAGCGAAAUAAAGGUGAAAUCUAUUCUUAAUUCUCUAAGUGGAGAAGAAUUAGAGACUCUAAAACUUGAAUUGGAGCAACUCAAGGAAGCAUUUUCCCUAGCAGAGUUCUGUGAGGAAGAGGAAGAAGAGAAAAAAGGGGACGAAGACUUUACCAAAGAGAUAACAGAUCUAUUUUCCCAGCUGCAUGUCUCCUCCAAACCUGAGAAACUUGCGAGGGCAAGAAAUACUGCCUACGAAUGGAUCAAUACAUCUCUGGCCAAGCCAUUAGAAGAGAAGGAAGAAGGAGAGAAACAGUUGGAAACAGAAAAAACUGACCAAAUCAAUAAAAAUUCAAUAGAGGAUAUCCAUGCAUUUGCAAUCCGGAGCCUAGCAGAACUGACUGCCUGUUCAAUUGAACUGUUUCACAAAACAGCAGCUCUGGUUCUGCAUGGCCAGAAGCAGGAAGUGACCGCCAUAGAAAGGAGCAGAGCUCUUUCCCAGAUGACAGUUGUGUUGUGUAAAGAGUUGUCUUCUCUGUCCAAAGAGUUUACUACCUGCCUAACAACUGCUGGGGUCAAAGAAAAGGCAGACAUCCUUAAUCCCCUCAUCACUGCAGUAUUUCUAGAGGCCUCAAACAGUGCUUCCUAUAUUCAAGACGCCUUUCAGCUGCUCUUACCUGUACUGGAGAUCUCUCUCAUUGAGAGCAAAACUGAAUUUCCAGAGGAAUGAGCUGCAGGCCCAGGGCCUUUGUCAGAACACUGACGAACAGAGAAAAUUCAACCCAAAACUUGUGACAGCCAAGAAAUAUCACUCUAUUUUGGAUACCCCUGUAGAAAUGAAGGAGAAAGGAUUAUUUUAGUGUAUAAAAUUUAGGCAGGAGAGCAGGUUUAAAGGAGGUUUGUUGCCUUCACUGCUUGGCUAAAAUAUUCAGGUCUUCAUACUGCCCUUCCAAGUUGUUAGAAUUAUUAAAUUAUUUGAGAAGAAACUUUUAUGGGAAGUUCAAGAAUAAUAGCUCUAGGUAAAGGAUAAUGGGGUACUCGGGCAAAAAUAUUGGUCUUCCUUGGACAUGAUGCAAAACACUAACAGUUUUGUUAUGGUUCCGUAUGAUUUAGCAGCCCACUGAUAGACUUGUUGUGAAGCAAGAGAGAAACGACUUAGUAUUCUACGAUUCCUGUGCUUGAUCUCUUGAUGCCAUUACCUUUCUCCUUUCUGUAAUAAAAUCUGUGGCUUUAGGAAAACAGUAUAUAGAAAGUCUAAAUUCUUUGGACUUGGUUAGAAAGUUUCAUUUGCUCUUUAAUUCUAGUAGUUAUUAUGGCAUGGAGGAGAAACAUCUGAGGUAUACACGAAGCUACAUGAAUUAACUACAGCAAAGUGCCCUUGGGCUUCAAAUUGUUCUCCUGUCCUAAGGUAACAAGCUUCAAGUUGUAGUUGAACCCACUCAGCUGGGUUCUAGACAAACAAGUGCAGCUUAGAGAACCAUUUCAUGUUUGCGGGUAUUCUGAGUCUCCAGGGUGUUUUUCAUGUUUUUCAUGCAUACCUUAUGUGCAGGGUAAAUUCCCUAACAGCCAGCUCCAAAGGAGUAUUGAAGCUCUUUUAGUAAUGGGGUUUUUGUUAUUUGAUAUUGUUGAAAGGGAUUAUGGAGUCCCAUAGAAAUCAUUUGGAACAGGAUUUAACCUGUAAGACACAAUAUGUUUCUCCUUAUUCUUUUUUGUUUUGGUUUAAUGUAUUUCUUAGCAUGUUUAUAAAUAUAACUUUUAUCCUUUAUAUCUUAAGCCUUCUUUUGCUCUCUUCAACAAUGUAAGAGGCCACUAAAGUGUGAUCUUCCUAAAAGUUUUUUGAUAUCCACUCUUUUUAAAAAAUUCUCCCAACUUUAUGGUUGGAGGUAACUAUUGUGAGCUCUACUGCUCAUCUUCUAAAAUCUUUAAAUAAAAUGUAAUAAUUAUG